UACUUUCUAACACAAUCUUGAGCUUGUAAGAACAUAAAAAAAUGUACACAAUCUCAAGAAAAACAAUCCCCAGAAAUUAGAUAAACAAAAGAAAAAAACAAUACUAAUAUGUCUAUGGCAACCUCAAUCACAUGUCUGAAAGUCCCAAACCCUUGUUCACCUCCAUGUUCCUCAUCAUCUUCUACUUUACCAUCAUCUUCCACCAGUUGCAGAUUGUCUUCAACACCCAAGCCUUAUGUUGUGACGAUAAGGAGUUCUCAAACUGAAGGUCCUUUGAGAAGACCCGUGGCUCCUUUGAAACCGGUCCCGCCUUCUUCUCCUCCUCCACCGCAACCGAAACCUCCUUCUUCUUCCUCUCCUCCGCCGCCACCUUCAAUGGCAGCUGUUGGGGACCAGAAUGUGAUCACUCUGGAGUUUCAGAGACAGAGGGCAAAGGAGCUGCAAGAAUACUUUAAGAAGAAGCAGCUUGAGGAGUCUAGUCAAGGACCUUUCUUUGGGUUCCUCGGGAAGAAUGAGAUUGCUAAUGGAAGAUGGGCAAUGUUUGGCUUUGCUGUUGGGAUGUUAACGGAGUAUGCAACGGGCUCUGAUUUCGUGGAUCAAGUAAAGAUUAUGCUCUCCAAUUUCGGGAUAAUUGAUUUGGAAUGACUCUUCUGAUCGUUUCUCUUGUAUACCAACAAUGUUUCUUCUAUUCAUAGUUUGUGAUUUCUGUAAGUUAUAUAUCUAAUGUUUUUGUAUGCAACUCUCCUUGAGCAAGUUGUUUACUAUUCUUGUUGCUUCAUCAAUCAAUUACGUAACAAGCUGUAUCUCAACAAUUUGCGUGGUUUUCAAGUUCUUCA